AUGAGUAAACCACAAUUUAGAGACAGUGACUCGACACCGAUCUCACGAGAGAUUACGUCUAAACAGUUGCAACUUUGUUUGUGCCCUCUUUGCCUGAAUGGAAUUCCUCCCUGUGCGGAUACCAAAACACAACUAGUGUCAUGGAUUCAUAUCAUCAGAAUCAUUUUGUACUCAUUGAAUAAAUUGAGGCCCAAUACUGAAUACUUUACUUUGAAAAAAGAUAUAUAUGGGUAUGUAGCUGAGCAUUGGUAUAUAUUCUCCACACUCAAACAAUUUGUGACAAGUCCGACUAAAUGGAAGAAGAGUUUUCUCGAUGCAUUAAGUCACUCGCCAUAUUUCGAGAGUGGGUACAACGCAUUCAAAACAACUGGAUAUUGGAAAUUACGUAUUUUAGACAACCCAUGGGCUCCAGAAGUUUCAGUUCCUCCCGUGAAUGUGGCUUAUUCGAAAGAAGAAGCGAUUCAUUAUUCAACCGGUCCAACCAUCGUGAUGGACUCAUUUGGGGAAAAGCGGGCGGUUGAGAACAAAGACAACUUUUAUGAGAUUCAAAUGCGUUUACGGGACUCAUACAUCAAAACCUUUGAUUAUGCCCAAAGCAUGUUAGAGCAGUCUGACAUUGAUCUUCAAAGGAACAUUGGGUAUGACCAAAAGAUGGUUCUCUUAUCCAACGUGGAAACAUUAAAGAACUUAAAAAUGGGGAUGUAUUUCCUCAUGAAAGCACUCAACGAGAAUGAAGCAAGUUACAAACAAACGCAAAAAGGUGACAACCACUUUUCGGGUUGUCUAUUUUUCAACGUCGUCAUGAAAUGA